AUGACGGGAAGAGCGGAAGAAGUGGUCGAUGCAUUGCAUAGAAGGCAUAUAGAUGUGUGUUGCAUACAAAAGACCAGAUGGAAAGGUAAUGGCGCAAGAACGAUUGACAAGACAAGUGAAAAGUAUAAAUUCUUAUGGCAAGGAAGUAAUGAUGGUAAGGCUGGAGUUGGGAUAUUGAGAGUUUGUGCCAAGGCUGAAGGUCUGGAAAUUGAAGGAGGAGAAUGCUGGACGUCAAUUCAUUAUGACAUUGGCGAUAAGGGAGGUGGAGGUGGCACAAACAUCGUAAAUGACAAGUGGGAAGUCAUAAAGAAAACCUGGGUGAUGACAACUAAGGAAGUAUGUGGAUGGACAAAAGGACCGCCUAGACAUAAGGGGACAUGGUGGUGGAAUCCGAAGAUAGCGAAAGCUAUGGAUGAGAAAUGA